AUGGUUCUGCACCAAACUUUUUUUACAGAAAACUUCAAUACGACAAGACAGAGACAAACACUGAACACAGUCAUGUUAAGAACGUGGGGGAGUGGGUGCAAGGAGGGGGGAGGUUGUGUGGGCGGGGCGGGCAGGCGGGGCGCAGGGUGCCACGCCGAGGUGCUGCGGUCAGGCGCGACUCGCCCACCGGAGCUCCGCUCUUGGCAGUCGCGCCGCACACGCCGCUCUUGGCGCGCGUUCCGUUGCACUAUUGCACUUGGAAAUAUUUACCACGCAAACUGCGUCAUUAGACCACCCGAAGACAAGAUUCGGCUCGGUGCUAACAAUCAACUGUAUUCGGGAAGUAAAGAGGCGCUGGGCAGCGUGGGCAGUACGGCGGGUAGCUCUUGGCCGUCUUCGACGCCGGAGCCGUCACCGUCGCCAGCUUCUACGCCAACUUCCGCCGAUGCAGCCGAUGGUGAAGCUGAACCGCCUUUUACGCUCGGCGCUACUGAGCAUACGCCGUAUCAAUGUCAAUUCUGUGACAAAGCGUUCCCUAGGCUCUCUUACCUUAAGAAACAUGAACAGACACAUUCUGACCAGAUGCCGUUUCGUUGCGAGUUUUGCUCACGACUUUUCAAGCAUAAACGUUCCCGAGAUCGCCACGUGAAGUUACACACCGGCGAUCGCAAAUACCGAUGCGCGCAUUGCGAAUCAGCGUUCUCCAGGAGCGACCACUUAAAGAUUCAUAUGAAGACCCACGAUAACCAAAAACCAUUCCAAUGCACUGUGUGUAACCGCGGGUACAACACUGCAGCAGCUCUCACGUCACACAUGCAGGGGCAUAAACGGGAUCGGGAAGGACGAGAGCCGGACAGACGGCGAGCACUGAGGUGUUUAAGAUGCGGAGAUGCUUUCCGAAGACCUGACUUGUUGCAGGCACAUAUGGUAAGCGCGCACAGUGUAGAUGGUGCUGCGAUGACACCACCUCGACGAGUCGCCUCUCAGCCACCACCCACUCUUCUUGCCUGCAUAUACUGCACACGAGACACAUUCACUAGUAUGGAGCAACUACAGCUUCACGUCCGAGCCGCACAUUCCGCAUUACUCAACGGUGACCCGCCCUUACAAUCUGUGGAACAACCCGCGCCUACUGAUCUCAGUCGACGAGCGACCGAUGACGGUCCACAAGUAAAACGUCCUCGUUCUGGCUCUGGAACACCUCAAACAACGUUGUCACCCAACACCUUAUUGUGUAAUCAAUGUGACGCUGCUUUGCCUGAUUUCGAAGCAUUUCGCGCCCAUCUGAAAGGGCAUCUCGAAGAAGGAGGAGAGUUAAGUCGGUCGAGCCCCGUCCCUUGUGUCCAUUGCGGUGCUACAUUUGCAGACGCUGCAGCUUCAGAACGUCAUCUCACAGCGCAUUAUUUAGCCGUCUCGUGUGAAUACACUUGCCACAGUUGCGCUCGAAGUUUCUCUGCGCCAGAUGACUUGCAAAAGCAUCUACUGGAAUUGCAUGCACAUCAUCUGUACCGUUGCGCUUUGUGUAAAGAAGUAUUCGACUCCAAAGUCGCUAUUCAGGUGCACUUCGCAGUCGCACACAGCGGGGAGAACAAAGUAUGGGUUUGCCGAUCCUGUGGGUCGGGGGCUGGUGCUCUUCGGUCGGAGGCCGAGGGUGCGGCGCACGUGCGUACGCGCCACGCUGCGGCAGCUCCGCGCUGCGCCUGCGGAGCGCUCCUCGCGAGCGGAGCGGCUGCACGUGCACCGCGACAGCACCGCGCCUACCGCUGCCCAGUGCCCGCCUGCAACGAUGCCUUCGCGGUACAAUACUUACUGGAGAGACACAUGCAAGCGCACCACGCCAUGCCUCAUCAGGUUAUGAAUGGUGAAGUUACAAGACCUAAAAGAGUGGACACUAGUAACAGUGGAGAUGUAGGUGACGGAGAGCGAUCCCCUUGCACUCCUGGAGCAGAAAAUGGUGUCCCAGUUGGGGCGCCAGCUGGUGAAGAACGUCGCCGUAAGAAUGGCGCUGUUGCACUUCAAUGUGCUUAUUGUGGAGAACGGACCCGCAGUCGAGCAGAACUAGAAGCGCACACGCGAGCGCAUUCAGGAGCCGCCGCCGCGCGACACAAGUGCUUGAUUUGUGACGAAGUUCUACCUUCAGCUGCGGUACUCGCCGAGCACAAGCUCACUCAUUGCAAGGUGGUUGCAGGCGAUACGUGUGCUCGUUGCCGCGCAAGAUUGUUGUCAGAAGAAUCUUUUCUAAGCCAUAUGGCUCGUCAUCAUCCUGCUCUUCCAGCUCCGUGCGUCGUCUGUCGACAAACGUUAGCUUCCGAAGCUGAAGCGCGUCUUCAUGCGCGUUUCCACUUACGACCAGGAGAUGAUGAGCAGAGAUGUGCAAUAUGUCUUCGCGCACUUCCUGAAGGAGAGGCUGGUGAGGGUGCACGAGCAUGUUCAGCCUGCUAUGCUCGUCACGCCGCUCCAAGACUCCCACCACCGGCAGAUCACGACUGCCGUCUUUGUCGACGCGCUUUGGGAUCACCCACGCGGUUACAAGCGCAUCUUAUCGAACACACAUUUGCUGGUAUAGGAGCGUUCACCUGUUACCUCUGUUCGGCUGUAUUCACAAGUGCAGCAGGCCUCCAACGUCAUCUCCCAGAGCAUGCAUCAGCACCACGACCUUACGACUGCGCGCGAUGCGGGCUGAAGUUUUUCUUCCGCGCAGAACUUGACAAUCAUGCCUUUGUCCAUCUGGAAGAGGCUGAGAUAGCUCAACGUGCUUUUUAUGAAGCGUAUGCCCGUGGAGCAGCCACGGCUUGGGCCGCUUUAGUACCUCCAGAACCACCACGUUCUUCUACGCCGCCUCCUGAAGUGAAACUAGAGACGGAGAUCAAGGAAGAAAGAGGAAACGAUGAAUACAUUGAGGUGUCGUCACCGCCACUUGUACAAGCACCCCCUCUUGCGCCAUCGUCACCCUCACCCGUUAUUAAGCAAGAGAAACCUGACGAGGAGUAA